CUGGGACCGGUGCGGAAAGAUGUCGGACGCGUCGGUGGCGGACACUCGGCGCCUUAACUCGAAGCCUCAGGACUUGACGGACGCCUACGGGCCGCCAAGCAACUUCUUGGAGAUCGACGUCUUCAACCCGCAGACUGUGGGCGUGGGCCGUGGGCGCUUCACCACCUACGAGGUUCGGAUGCGGACAAACCUCCCGGUCUUCAAGCUGAAGGAGUCCAGCGUACGGCGGCGGUACAGCGACUUUGAGUGGCUCAAGAAUGAACUGGAGCGCUACUGUAAGAUUGUUGUAACUCCGCUGCCGGGGAAAGCCUGGAAGAGGAGGCUUCCCUUCCGAGGAGACGAAGGCCUCUUUGAGGAGUCCUUCAUCGAGGAGAGGAGGCAGGGCCUCGAACAGUUUAUUAAUAAAACCGCCGGGCACCCAUUGGCUCAGAAUGAGCGAUGCCUACACAUGUUCCUGCAGGAGGAGAUAAUCGACAGGAAAUAUGUCCCUGGGAAAGUGCGCCAAUAGGAAAGCCCUCUGGCCGCCCGCUUUCCUUCCUCCGGCAAAAUGACUUGAUUUUUACACUGAGCCCCCUUCUCUCUUGAUCUGCAGUGGCUGUGUCUCGCGGCCUGACUCUGAGAUCGUUCUCCCUGGCAAUACUAAGACCCUCCUCUUUAAGGAGGGGUAGGAAGCUGGGGGCAGAGGUCCUGGGCUUUUGGGGGGGAGGGUUCAGGAACUGGACUGAAAGGCACUUAUUUGGGCUUUCUCUUGGGCAACAAGGCUAGCCUGGGGGGGAGGGCUGUAGCUUCAGUGCCACUUCGCCAAACAGAUCAGCCACGCUGUGAGUUUAAGGGAGGUUCCCCAUUCAAAAGUUUAACCUGGAACUCUGAGCAGGGCGGGGCAACCGUAUCCCUUCUACCGGCAAGGAACCUUCAUUUUGCCCUGUAGGAGGAUGGAAGACUCCCAUGAGCUCUCCCAGUUUUCUCUA